AUGGCGGGUCACAAUGCCUCAGGUAACACCUCGAGCCUUUGGCAGGCGCUGUUUGCUGCUUUUAUUCAAUUCUUUACCCGCCUCUUUCACUUCAAUUCAAGCAACAACACCCCAUUGACACAGCAACAACAUCCUUCGACAGAAGCACCUGGCGGGGGUCUACCGGAUACACAGACUGCACCUACGCCUGCGAUCGUUGCAGGCUCACAACCUCCCGCUGCAUCACAACCAACUCAGCAACAGCCUGAUCUAGAGAAAGGCCAGCCACAACAAGAAGACGACGCCAUGGCUGCGGCUAAGAAACGCGGUGGUAACAAGCGACCCAGCGUCAAGCCCAAUGGCGCUCAGUCUGCCAGUACCGGUGCCGGUGCCGGUGCCAAUGCAUCCACCGAUCAACAGCGAGACAAGGAGAACAUGGGCCCCAGCAAGCAAAUAGACCAUUCAAACGCAUCCCCAGCAUCUUCCGAAAUCAAGAAGGCGCCUCUUGGCGCAUCCAGCCAAUUCGGUAUUGUUGAUACUGCAGGAUAUGCUCAGCAGGUCGACACGCAGAAGCCGAAUGGUUCUAAGACACCUAACAAGAACCGUGGUGCCUCAUCACCCACUGAGCCAUCGGGCAAUGUCACCACGAAUGGGGGCCUCGCUUCAGGUUGGGAGACACCGGUGGCGGCCGGCAAUCAGACGCCACUCAUAACGGCUGUCGUACCAGCUGAGAAUGAAAUUGAGAUUCAGAAAGCGGCUAGCCACAGCCAAACCGGCACACAAACUCCCAGUUUUGCGCCCGAGCUAGCCACAAAUACCAAGGAAAAUGCCAAUCUACCCGUUAUAGAUGCCCAAGUCGACCAGACCACUGCCGCCGUUGAUCGGCUCGCCCUCGACGACAAUACACCUGGACCUGAUAAGGCCCUUACCAAGGACACUGCUGCUGUGGAAGCAGCGGGCGUCCCGCUCAUCGUGGUCAACCCGGUUCCAGGCCAGGCUCCGAUUGCACUGAAGCCGCUUGCCCCCUUGGUGACGCCCCCUAGUCAGGUGCUUCCUGGCUUGAUCGAGCCGGAUACCGAGGAGGGUAAACGCGAGCGAGCAGUCCAUCUUGACUUUAUGAGGGAGGCUCUGAAGAUGGGUGAUUCGGCAUUGACGAUAAACGAGACACCUGUAGGCUGCGUUCUCGUCUAUAAGAAUCGUAUCAUUGCAAAGGGCAUGAACGCCACCAACGUCACACGCAAUGGUACUCGCCAUGCCGAAUUCAUGGCCCUCUCUGCUCUGUUGUCUCGCCAGUCAGAAGCCGACGUUAAGGACGCUGAAUACCAUGAUGAGUCCUUGUGGGGUGAUGUCGAUCCAAGCGAUGGUCACAUCUUUCCCUACGGACAGAAGCUCCACCCAUCGCCCAAGGUCGAUGACUCGAUCAUUUCGGAGUGCAUUCUCUAUGUUACGGUCGAACCAUGCGUUAUGUGUGCCUCUCUUCUGCGGCAGCUCCGCAUUAAGAAGGUCUACUUCGGCGCAGUGAACGACAAGUUUGGUGGUACAGGAGGAGUUUUCCGUGUCCAUGUCAACUCGAAGCCGAUCGCUAAACCCGACAGCGGCAGACCUUACCAGAACGGCUACGGUCCUCAAGACGCUAAGAACAUUCUACGCGGUCGAGCGGCCCUCCUGCCCCGAACUGACGAAGAUGGUGAUGGAGGUAACGUUGAACCUGGCUACCCCGCCGAGGGUGGAUAUUUGCGUGAUGAGGCUGUGUCUCUCCUCAGACGCUUCUACGUGCAGGAGAAUGGCAGAGCCCCUCAGCCUCGCAAGAAGGAAGGGCGAGCUGCUCGGUUAUUUGCGAUGGAAAAUGCGGCAGCAAAUGGUGGUGUGCUGAUGGACCCUGAUGGCAACAUUCUGGGAGAACUUCCUGCCGACGGUGACAUGUCUCCCGUGAACGGCAGCUCGUCGCCCAUUCUUGCCGCUUAA